CAGACACCACUGACUGAACGGACAGAGAGCUUUGUGCCGAAAACUAAAACCAACCUGUGUCAGACUAAUGAAUUAAAACGGCCCACUUGAGAGAGGCCAGUAGAAGACCGUGUGGACCAGACAUCAACAAGCAUGGAGUUCCCGCAACAGCAGAAACCGGCGGUGGACGGGAAGAUCAUAUACCCACCCGGAGUGAAGGAUAUUACGGACAAAAUCAGCAACGAUGAGGUGGUCAAACGUUUAAAGAUGGUGGUGAAGACCUACAUGGACAUGGACCAAGACUCUGAGGAGGAGAAGGCGCAGUAUCUCGGCCUGGCGCUCCACCUCGCCUCAGAGUUCUUCCUCAGGAACCCCAACAAAGACGUGAGGCUGCUGGUGGCCUGCUGUCUGGCUGACAUCUUCAGGAUCUAUGCUCCCGAGGCCCCCUACACCUCCCACGACAAACUCAAGGACAUUUUCCUGUUCAUCACCAGACAGCUAAAGGGCCUGGAGGACACUAAGAGCCCUCAGUUCAACAGAUACUUCUACCUGCUGGAGAACCUGGCGUGGGUGAAGUCGUACAACAUAUGUUUCGAACUGGAGGACUGCAACGAGAUCUUCAUCCAGCUUUUCAAAUCACUCUUCUCUGUCAUCAAUAACAGCCAUAACCAGAAGGUGCAGAUGCACAUGAUAGACCUGAUGAGCUCCAUCAUCAUGGAGGGCGACGGAGUCACACAGGAGCUGCUGGACACCAUGCUCAUUAACCUCAUUCCUGCUCACAAGAAUCUGAACAAACAAGCGUACGACCUUGCUAAGACUCUGCUGAAGAGGACAGUUCAGACCAUCGAGACAUGCAUCGCAAACUUCUUCAAUCAGGUUUUAGUGAUGGGCAAGUCAUCAGUCAGCGACCUGUCGGAGCACGUCUUUGACCUCAUCCAGGAACUUUUUGCCAUCGACCCGAUGCUGCUUACCUCUGUCAUGCCACAGCUGGAAUUCAAACUUAAGGUUAACACGUACACACGUACACACUCCGUCACUGGCCUUUUAUAAUAUGAUAGAGCAUGGUUCAGUUGAUCUCACUAUGUGUGACUGAUGUUUCUCUCCAGGUUUAAUGACAUCCACGUUCCAGUCAGGCUAGAGUGUGUAAAGUUUGCCAGCCACUGCCUGAUGAACCACCCGGAUCUGGCCAAAGACUUGACAGAGUAUUUGAAGGUGCGUUCCCAUGACCCGGAGGAGGCCAUCCGUCAUGAUGUCAUUGUCACCAUCAUCAACGCUGGAAAGAAAGACCUCAACUUAAUCAAUGACCAGCUGCUGGGCUUCGUACGAGAGAGGACAUUAGACAAGAGGUGGCGUGUGCGUAAAGAGGGCAUGAUGGGCCUUGCUCAGCUUUAUAAGAAAUACUGUCUGCACCAUGAGGCCGGGAAAGAGUGUGCCCAGAAGAUCAGCUGGAUCAAAGACAAACUGCUGCACAUCUACUAUCAGAACAGCAUUGAUGACAAGUUAUUAGUAGAGAAGAUCUUCGCUCAGUACAUGGUUCCUCACAGUCUUGACACAGAGGAGAAGAUGAAGUGUCUUUACUACCUGUAUGCCUGCCUGGACACGAACGCUGUCAAGGCCCUGAAUGAGAUGUGGAAGUGUCAAAACAUGCUGAGAAGCCUCGUCAAAGAGCUGCUUGACCUCCACAAGCUGCCAGCGACGGAGGCCAAUAACUCAGCCCAGAUGGGGAAGCUGAUGAAUAUUUCCAAGAAUCUGCCAGACGCUGGAAAGGCCCAGGACUUCAUGAAGAAGUUCAACCAGGUUCUGGGAGAGGACGAGAAGCUCAGAGUGCAGCUGGACAUGCUCAUCAGCCCCACCUGCUCCUGCAAACAGGCCGAGAUCUGUGUGAGGGAGAUAACUCGGAAAUUGACGUUCCCCAAACAGCCCACCAACCCCUUCCUGGAGAUGGUGAAGUUCCUGCUGGAGCGCAUCGCCCCUGUCCACAUCGACUCUGAGGCCAUCAGUGCUCUGGUGAAGCUGCUGAACAAGUCCAUUGAGGGUACGGCUGAUGACGAUGAGGAGGGCGUUACCCCGGAUACAGCUAUCCGCUCUGGCCUGGAGCUCCUUAAGGUGCUGUCGUUCACCCACCCCACAGCGUUCCACUCUGCAGAAACCUACGAGUCUCUGCUGCAGUGUUUGAAGAUGGAGGAUGAAAAAGUGGCAGAGGCAGCCAUUCAGAUAUUCAGGAACACAGGGCAGAAGAUCGAGACAGAGCUACAACAGAUAAGAUCGACUCUGAUCCCUGUCCUGCAUCAGAAAGCUAAGCGGGGAACGCCUCAUCAGGCCAAGCAGGCCGUGCACUGUAUUCACGCCAUCUUUAACAACAAGGAAGUGCAGCUGGCACAGAUUUUUGAGCCUCUGUCACGCAGUCUGAACGCAGACGUCCCAGAGCAGCUCAUCACGCCCCUCGUGUCUCUGGGCCACAUCUCCAUGCUGGCCCCAGAUCAGUUUGCAUCACCGAUGAAGUCAAUCGUGGCUAAUUUCAUUGUCAAGGAUUUGCUCAUGAAUGACAGGUCGGUGGGAAACAAGAAUGGGAAGCUGUGGACGACUGACGAGGAAGUUUCACCUGAAGUCCUAGCUAAGGUCCAGGCCAUCAAGCUGCUAGUGCGUUGGUUACUAGGGAUGAAAAACAACCAAUCCAAGUCGGCGAACUCCACCCUGCGCCUGCUGUCAGCCAUGCUGGUCAGCGAGGGAGACCUCACGGAGCAGAAGAAGAUCAGUAAGUCAGACAUGUCUCGUCUGAGGCUGUCCGCCGGUGGAGCCAUCAUGAAGUUGGCCCAGGAGCCCUGUUACCAUGACAUCAUCACACCUGAACAGUUCCAGCUCUGCGGCCUCGUUAUCAACGACGAGUGCUACCAGGUGCGUCAGAUCUUCGCCCAGAAGUUGCACCUGUCUCUGGUCAAACUGACUCUGCCUCUGGAGUACCUGGCAGUGUUCGCCCUGUGUGCCAAGGACCCGGUGAAGGAGCGCCGCGCCCACGCCCGACAGUGCCUCCUCAAAAACAUCUCCGUCCGCCGAGAGUAUAUGAAACAAAACCCACUCGCUCAGGAAAAACUUGCCUCCCUUCUUCCUGAGUUUGUCGUCCCCUAUAUGAUCCACCUGCUGGCACACGACCCAGACUUCACAAAACCUCAGGAAUAUGAACAGCUCAAAGAUAUCAAGGAGUGCCUGUGGUUCAUGCUGGAAGUGCUGAUGACCAAGAAUGAGAACAACAGUCAUGCUUUCCUAAGGAAGAUGGUAGAGAACAUCAAGCAGACGAAGGACGCACAGUGUCCUGAAGACGCAAAGGCCAAUGAGAAGAUGUAUAUUGUCUGUGACGUCGCUCUCUUCGUCAUCGCCAACAAGAGCACUGCAUGUCACCUGGACUCUCCGAAAGACCCCGUCCUACCCUCCAACUUCUUCAUCGUGCAGGACAAGGAGUUCAAAAAUGAAAUGGAGUAUUUGUCGACAGAGAUGAGACAAAUGCUGCUCUCUGGAAAGCCUAAAGUAGCUCCAGUGUUGGGAGCUGCGAACAAACCUCUGACGGUACCGGGGAGGAGGAUCUUCAACAAGACCACCACCACCACCACCACCGCCGCCGCCGCUGCCGCCGCAGCAACAGCAGCAGCAGCAGCAGCAGCAGCAGCAGCUGCCCUAGACACAGCCAGCAACACCAGCACCAACUCCUCCCCACUGAACGCCUCCACCAUCAAGAACAGUAACAACAAUGCUGCCACCGAGUCAUCAGAGAGCCCAGCGCAGGAAAACAACGAGAACCCAGUCAUCAAGAACAGCGAGGGGAAGAAGAAUGAGGCAAGUCAGAAUGCGACUCCUGACGCAGAGACGGAAGCAUCGACCGUCAAACGACGCGGCCGCCCUCCUAAAACUGCUGCUGCUGCCGCCGCCGCGGUGGUGAUGGUUGUUGAGAAAGAGGCUCCAGUGACACCGACAGGAGGAGCUGGCAGAGGCAGGAAGAGAGCAGCUGACCCCAAAUCCAACCCCUCAGCAGACUCCAUCAACAUCAAGAUGUCAAAACAGCAGCAGCAGAAUGAAGAAGGGACAAAGAGACAGAUCGACUUGCAGAGGUGGCUGUUUGUGAGCAGAGAUAAUGAAAAAGUGAGAAAGUGGGAGUCAGGAGAGGAGACAGGGAGAGCUGUAGGGUUAGUCGCCCCCUUCCUGGGCAGUGAGGGCGACGCUGAGAUAGAGAUGGAGUCCAGCCCAGAGAUCAGGAAGGAGAGAGAAAGACACCCCCCCACAAAAGAGCAGAACAGCCAGGCAGAUGGGUCCGACCUGUACAACCAGGGAGAAACCAAGUCUUCAAGGAGGGGGGUUCCUUCUGGCAGGCCGGGAGAGCCCAAAAGUGGGCUGGCAGUAAAGAGGAAACCACUGAAGGGGAAAUCAAGACUGUAGUGAACAGGCCGGACUCUGCCUCGUUCCUCGGCUGCGUGUACGCUCCUCUGACUCUAAAGCUGUCCUGGACUCAUUAUGGACCUUUCUUAAACACACACAUGUACACACGCAGACACAAAUCUCUGACAUCUUAGACGGUUUUAAAUACCUUAUAGUCAUGAAGCUCAUCGUAUGUAGGUCUUACUCAAAAAACAUGUUAUUUUCCCCCCUGUUUGUUGCUCUUUGCUUCUUUUGUGGAGCCGUUUUAAAGAAAAAAACAGGAUGGACAUUUUACAAACGUUUUAAUCUGGUUGAUUGUUGCUUAUUAAAUUCCCUGGAAAAAAUCCUAAUGUCUGUGUAUGUCUCCUGACCUCUUCCUCCUCGAGUCUGUUGCACAAUAGUUUUUUGUUGUUUAUUUUGAGCUCACUAGUGUUACUUGCAGUUGUAUUUUGUAAAUACCCAUGUUCAACUUUGCAGUUGAACCUUUUGAAUAUCCAAAGCGGUUACUAUGGCUGGAAUCCGGGAUCAUCAUAGCAUAAGAUUUGUGCAUUUAGCAGCUGUCCCAACACCAACAUUUUAUAAACUUUAGUAUGUUUAGACUUCUAACAAGUAUGUUGAGGUGCUUUAGCUUGACCAUAGCACCUCGAAGUCCAGGAGAAACUUGGGCCUAUUAACCGCCACCUGUAAUGCUUUUAAAAGCCUUUUGGUUAUUUCUAGUGUUCGACACAUUUAAGCGGUCAAACAUUUCUGGAUACUUUGCUUCAAGCUCAGUUUGGCGCCUCCUCCCCUCUGAAAUCGAGCUGGGUAUGAAUUACAGUUUGGUUUUGUACUGCUGAAGUAUGAUUUAGUACUUCACUUUUGAAUGCAUAAAUGAUAUAUUACUAUACUAUGUGUUCAGGUUUAUUCUUUUACAAUUAAAUCUUUUUUUGUACUUCA